GAGCAUUAAACUGUCGAGUGUUCUGGCGGUGACAGGGCUGUCAGGGUCAGAUGGCUGCUCAGCCUGAUUACACCGGCUCACCGUAGAUCCUCGUCGACUUUACUACUGCAAAGCUAGCACGUUCUAGUUGUGCGGCGCAUUUUGCUUGUUUUUGUUUUCUCUCGUUGAAUCAGUGGUAGCUCGGCGUCAACCGGGAAGGAGCUACAGGUAGUUGAACAAGACCGUCAAGACUUCCUUCUCCUGGACGUCGUUGACAGAUCCACCUGUGUUUACGUCUCUGUGCGGAGAUGAGACGGAACAUCUAAAGCGAAGCACUGGUUGAUGGCGUUUGUGCGACAAAGUGGUGACUACUGCCACGCCCAACACAUGUAGACCCAACCAAUGAUGCAUUUGUACCAUGCAAUUGUGGGACCCUGAAGUCUAAACAAUCGAAUUGUGCCUGGGCAAAACAGCCAUCUGAUGGGGUAAUAAGUGGAGCAUCAAAUUCUAAGUGGAGAAGGACUGGAAGAUCUGCUGCUGCCAGACCAUAAAGGACUGAAGAGAAGAACUGAUAUAAAGUCUGUGAUAUUUAAACACAGAACUGAUGAUACAUUGUUGCCUCUUGAGCUAGGUAAAACUGAUGGGGUAGAAUAUUUUCCACAAUUGGAAAUAUUCUUUCUUAAAUUUGAACAUUCACAUCAAUUCUUCAAAACACCCACCCAUUCAUUCAACCAUUGAAGACUCAACAGCUGUCCAGUCGGCACUAAGGUCAGACGUCUUCCUUGGACAGCUGUGAGGCAAAAGUCACACUGAGCAUCAUGAACCGUCCAGCCCCAGUGGAACUGUGCCACAAUAACAUGCGAUUUCUUAUCACACAUAACCCAACAGACAGCACACUCGGCUCUUUCAUUGAGGACCUGAAGAGAUUCGGGGCCACAACAGUGGUUCGAGUCUGUGACGUCACAUAUGACAAAACGCCACUGGAGAAAGAUGGCAUUACUGUGGUGGACUGGCCCUUUGAUGAUGGUGCCCCGCCUCCAAGCAUACUAGUAGAUGAUUGGUUGAGUUUAUUGAAGAAGAAGUUUCAGGAGGAGCCUGGAUGCUGCGUUGCUGUUCACUGUGUGGCAGGCCUCGGAAGGGCUCCUGUGCUGGUCGCGCUGGCUCUGAUAGAGAGUGGAAUGAAAUAUGAAGAUGCUAUUCAACUGAUCCGACAGAAACGUCGUGGAGCGAUCAACAGCAAACAACUAACUUACCUGGAGAAGUAUCGAUCCAAGCAGCGGCUUCGCUUUAAAGACACUCACACCCAUAAGAACAAGUGUUGCACUAUGUGAACGCACCCAAGCACAGUCGGUCACAUAUUUGCACAAAAUAAUACUCUAUUAAGGUUCUACCUAUGAAAUACUUUUGAAUUUGUUACCCUCCUUUCAAAACAAAUAUGUUUCCCAUUGAUAUUAACUUUGAAUCUUUAAAAAGAGUAUAAUAUUUGGGAUCUUUGCUUCAGUAGAUGUACCAGUGAUGAGAGAAUGGGAAAAUAGGUCAAGUCUGAUUGUUGAGGCUUGUUGAAGUUGCUUAGUAACACACACAAGACAAUUAUUUAAAGAAAGGCAGGUUAAUCUUGCAGCAAGUGAUCACAGCUACACCACUAGCGAGUCAUUUUUUGUUAUACAAAUAUUAAUUAUAAUUUGUGGAUACCAGAUUUCUGAUUAAUGGAUGCUGCCAAAUUUUCUAACUUCAAACAAUUCAAAGGAAAGAAAAAUAUUGUAAGGGCUCAACUUCCCAGAGAUUUUUUUUUUCGCAGGCAAAUAUCAAUGCUGUAAGCAUGAUGGUACCUAUAAAGCCUUCUCUUUGGUUUUCACAACCAAUGUUUGUGUGUUUACAUUUCAGAGUGUGCAUUUUGCUAUCUUCAACUGACUGGUGUUGUAGAGAAGGUUUUGGGAUAAACAAUAUAGUAACGAUAAACAUGAACUUAUAUGAUCAAAAAUGCCUGAAAGGUGUGGACUAAAUGUAAAUAUUAAAGAAUACAUAUUGAAUCAUGGUCUCCUUUCAUUUUUUUUGUCCUCUGCCAGGCUUAAAAUUGUGAAGAGCUCCUCCUGGAAAUUUGCCAAUAUAAUUGAAUACUACAGUGGGAGUGGUGUGCAAACUUAUAAGACAAAAAAGGGGGUUGCCCAAGUAAUGUAUUCGUUUCAUUCAAGUUCUGUAGUGUUGCACACUAACGUCGUUUGCUCAAAGGUAAACCAGUUAGACAGCUUUUAAAGUCUUCACACCCUAUUUAAUUGUAACAAUUGUCAUAAAUAA